CUCUCUCUCUCUCUCUCUCUCUCUUCAAAAUUCUAAGCAUUUCUAGCGCUUGAUAUAUCUCUCUCGUGAUGAAGUCUGAGGAAGGGAAGAGAUAUGCACUGCUCUUGGCAGCUGCUGACUCAGAGUACGCGAAGAAGGUGUAUGGAGGAUAUUUCAACGUGUUUGUAGGAGCAUUUGGAGAAGAGGGACAAACAUGGGAUUUGUAUAGGGUGGUUGAAGGGGAGUUUCCAAACAUGGAAGAGCUUGAUAAAUACCAUGGUUUUGUGGUUAGUGGUAGUCCAUAUGAUGCAUAUGGGAAUGAUAUGUGGAUUCUCAAGCUUUGUUAUCUACUUCAGAUCUUGGAUGCCAUGCAAAAGAAAGUUCUAGGCAUUUGCUUUGGCCACCAGGUGUUGUGUCGUGCAUUGGGUGGAAGGGUGGGGAAGGCAGAUGGAGGAUGGGACAUUGGAUUGAGGAAGGUAAUGAUGGUCGAGGACAUGCCCCCAUGCAAAUUCCUUGAUGGGUUAGAAGACAUCCCUCCUUGUGUUUCUAUCAUUGAAUGCCAUCAAGAUGAGGUAUGGGAGGUCCCACCAGGGGCAGAGGUGAUCGCCAUUUCAGAGAAAACCGGAGUGGAGAUGUUCACAAUCGGGGACCACAUGUUAGGCAUCCAAGGCCACCCAGAAUACACCAAAGACAUUCUAUGCAACCUUAUAGACCGCCUCCUCAUUAACAACUCUAUAGAGGUAGGGUUCGCCAACGAUGCGAAAGCUACAUUGGAGGCAGGUGAGCCAUGCAGGGAAUUUUGGGAGAAGAUCUGCAAGAGCUUUUUAAAAGGAGAUAAUUCAUGAUGGCAUGGAUGUUCUUCUUGCCAUUGCAUGAAGUCAUUAUCAUGUAUGGUGUCUUUCUUUAAUCAAAGAAAAUGUAAACAUGCCUAACAAUGCAUGGUUAGAUGUUGAUUAUGCUAAUACAUCCACAUCUAUCAUAAAACAACUGAUGAUGUAAUAACAUCUUGCUUUGGGUAUUUUAUAUGAGCAAUUUUACCUUUUUUUU